GCCUGUCCCCCUCCCUGUUGCUGUCCCUCCUCCCUCUCAUCUUCUCUGUAUCUUGUGUGUGUUGAGGUCCAGCUGGCUGUGUGCGCUUCCCUCGGGGUGUGUGUGUGUGCGAGUGUGUGUGCGCGCUAGGUAAUGACACACUCAGUGCUACACACAGAGAUGCUCUUGUCUCCAUGGCAGCAGUAACUAGAAGGAGAGAUCCAAACAGGAGACAGCAGAAGUGACAUGAGCGCUCUACACGAGAGCUCCUACAAUUAUCACCAGACUUCCCUUGGAAUUUAAGACAUUGGGGUGUCCAGAGUCUGUGCCCAAAGAGCAAACCAGAAAGAGACUGCCUCCAAAGUACUAGUCAAAGGGCACGUGGGAAAGAGGAGACCAAAAGAGCCUAGAAGUUAAAAAGUCACCCCAAAACGAGGACGACUGAGGUAGACAAGAGACUCCGAACCAGGAAUAAGAGACUGUCUGGGAGAGAGCAACAGACUGCAGGUCUAUAGUGAGAAUCGAAUGGGAAUUGACUAAUGGUAAAUCAUGGAGAGUGUUGAUAGAGGAAAGGGAAAUCCAGGAAUUGGCAAACAGUGAACGGCAUAGGGCGGUAUAUAGAGUUACUGAGAAACCCCCCCAUUCAGUCUCUGACCAACCAUGGAUUCCAGAAGGCCAGUAAGAACCUGAGGUUUCAGGAAGAAGUAGAAUCUAGAGCAGGAAGGCACAGAAAGGAAGGGACUUCCAAUAGGGAACAAAGAAAAGUACUGGGGGCAGAAUACAGUGGGGCAAGAGGCUUGAGGGAUUUGUGAGAAAGAGCCGAAGUGUUGAAUAAGAUUGUGAAUAAAGAGUAGGGCACAGGCCAUUAAGGGGAGAACACUUGGAAAGGCUGUAUAGACUAGAAAAGGCAAAAGUAGGACUGUUGCCCUUUGGGCCCAGAAGAUGCCCCGGGCCUCUGAUCAGGAUGAGGCAGAUGAGCUGUACCAGAAUAACUCCCUAUCUUGGCUGGCAUGUGGUGCCCUCGCACUCCUCGCCAAUGGAUGGAGCAUCUUAAGCUUGGCCAGCCGCGGGGGAAGCGGGCAACGGCCUCGUCCCUUGGAGCUGCUCCUUUGCCUGUUGGCUGGAACACACCUUCUAAUGGCCGCCAUACCUCUGUCCCUUUUUUCAGUUGUUCAGCUGAGACAUAAACAUUCCGGGUACGAGUGGAACGAGGGACUGUGCAAGGUGUUUGUUUCCACAUACUACACCCUGGCACUAUCUACCUGCCUCACAGUGGCCUGUCUCUCUUACCAUAGGAUGUGGAUGGUACGGUGGCCAGUCAGCUACAGGCUUGGUGGUGCCCGGAGGCAGGCACUACAGGGGGCAUUGGGAAUUUGGGCAGCUUCUUUUGUGCUUUCCACACUGCCCUCUAUUGGGUGGCAUGACAACGCCCGGCGCUUCUACACCCGCGGCUGCCACUUCCUGGCUAGUCGCAUUGGCUUGGGCUUUGGUCUGUGUUUCCAGCUUCUGCUUCUAGGAGGAGUGGGGACAGGCCUAGGAUGUUUGGGAGUGACUAUAUACCAUGCCUGCUGUUGCCCUGCGUCAGGGCAAAGAGGAGGGGCAGGGGAAGGCGGGGUGGAGGGCAAGAUAGAAGUUCCAGCCAUUGUGGUGCAGGAUGCACAGGGAAAGAGACGUUCAUCACUGGAUGGAUCAGAGUCACCGAGGACAGCGGCGCAGGUCACCGGACUGGUUGGAGGCAUAGUUCUCCUGUACGAUGCACUCACUGGAUUACCCAUACUGGUGGUGAGCUUCGUCAGUUUGCGGUAUGACAGCACCCCGCCAUGGAUGGUGCUGUGUGUGCUGUGGUGCUCCAUGGCACAGACCCUUCUCCUCCCAUCCUUCAUCUGGUCCUGUGCCCGAUAUCGAGCAGAUCUACGCACCGUGUGGGAACACUGCGCCUCCAUGCUGUCUGACAGUGGCGCGGAUGAGGACAGUGGUCGGGAUGACUUUGCAGACGGCCGCCUGUGUGAAGUUCGCUUUGAUUCCAAUGGAGCAGCUAUUAAGAGACCCCCACACUAUCUGGGGGGAGACCUGAGAGAUGGAAAGUAUCUGCCAGUCAGACAUGUCCUGCUACCUACAGACCGUGGGCAGUACCUCCAAGUGCACCGACACCAGGCCCCCCUUUCUCGCCGGCUGUCACAUGAUGAGAUGGACCUGUUUCCCCCUCGUUCCUCGCCUCUUCUGCUCAGGUGGUCUUCCUCAGAUGACAUUCGCGGAGGCACUGGAUCUGUGCGCAGCAGCAGCCCCUCAAGCCCUCGUCGAAGUCACAAUUUGCCCCCCUGGAAUCGUCACCAGCCUUCCCAUGCCAACGGAGAAGAGAGCCUUAGUACGUUGCAUCAGUUUUUGUCUGGAGGAAUGGGAGGGUCGUCUGGUUUUGGGGGCAUCCAAAGCUCCUUUUUCAGAGAUGAGAUUACGGCAUUCAUUGAUGAUACUCCUUGUCCUUCACCCAUGGGGACACCGCAUAGAGUCCGAGCUUCACCCCGGCCCUCUCCCCUCCUAAGGAAAGGGAUGGAGGGGGCAUCGGUAUGGGGGGGAUCGGGAGAGCGACGGCUAUCUCUAUGUAGUCCUCCACCAGGAGCAACUGUACCCCGCAGAGCUUCUCUCUCUGAAAGGGGAACCAAAGGCGGGGCUUCAUGAAGGACUGGGGCAGAAUUUGGAAGUGAUAGGUUGGUUUCAUCCACUUAUCCACCUCCAUUGCACCCAGGCUGGAGAAGGGGACUUUACACAGAUUCCCCUCUUGCAAGAAAUCUUUUAUCUCUCAGGCAAACCUGCUGUUUGGGGGGGCAGAGGGGUUGGAGGGUAACCUAUACCUAUAUGACCCUCAAGUCACCCUUAAAACCCCUUUACCCCCCACUGACACAAAAAAAACACACUGGAAAAUGAGCCAAAAGAUACAAAAUAAAAUGUGAUUUGAAUAGAA